AAAGCCAAAAAAAAAAGAAAAGGCUCCUUCCUUUCUCGCUGCGAAGAUUGUGCCCAUCUUCGUCUACGGUCGGCCAGACCGACUUCCCCGAAUCUCUCCGGCGUCCUUCGCCAUCUCUAUGCGGCGAUCUUCUUCCGGUAGCUCCGGCGAGAAGCGCGCUUUCCGGGAGGAUUCGGCCGGCGAGCUCGAUCGCACCGCGCAAGCCCCGGCCUCUGGAUGAAAUCCGAGGGUCCCCGCCGAUCGCGAUGGUGGAUUUCUGCUGCCCCCUCCGGGGCGCGUGCGACCGAGCGUGCGAGCGGUGCUAUCGCUGGUUCCCCUGCCUCGCCGAUCCCGCUCAAAGGUCGUCGUUGUUGUUGAAAGUGGCGCUGGUGGUGCUGCAUCUUGUCUACGCGGGCGUUCUCUUUCUGUUUGAUGGGGAUUUGAUAGAGAAAGCGCAGGAGGAGCCCUGGUACAUUGCUUUAUAUCUACUGCUCUUUGUGGCAACUUUGAUUCAGUACUUCGUGACAGCUUGUUCUUCUCCUGGAUAUGUCCUUGAUGUGAUGAGAGCUGUCAAUGAAGCAAAUGCCAUGUUCACGAAUCGCUUCAAACAAAGACAAACUGCUUCCAGCAAAAAUGGGGCCUUUGUAGUUUCAUCGGAUGGUAAUCAGUCAGCGAGAAAUUUGUUAGGAAGUAAUUCCACAUCUUGGUCAAAGAUGGUGAUGGACUUGUAUACUCCCGGAACGUCUAUAAGAACUUUUACUUGUUCCUACUGUAAUGUUGAGCAGCCACCACGAACAAAGCAUUGUCAUGAUUGCGAUAGGUGUGUUCUUCAGUUUGAUCACCAUUGUGUCUGGCUAGGAACCUGCAUCGGGCAGGGAAAUCAUUGUCGAUUUUGGUGGUAUAUCUGUGAAGAGACUGCAUUAUGCCUUUGGACUGGGAUCUUGUACAUUACAUACUUGACAGCUGACAUAUCAAGGGCUUGGUGGAAGGAUGCAUUCAUGAUAUUGCUGUUGAUUUUUCUAUCAAUUUCCUUGAUUUUCUUGUUCCUUCUGCUGCUCUUCCAUAGCUACCUUGUUCUAACGAAUCAGACCACCUAUGAGCUCGUAAGGCGCCGACGUAUACCAUAUCUUAGGGGUAUUCCUGAAAGAGUUUAUCCUUUCAGCAAAGGUGCUUGCCGAAAUUUGUACCACUUUUGUUGCGCCAGAAGCAGUAUAUAUGAUCUAGAACAGCUGCCCACAGCACAGGAACUGGAAGAGAAGUCAAAACCAUUUACCUGUUUGGAUGCUUUUACCUGUCGCUGCUGCUGCUGAAAUUAGAGAUUUUAUCGCUGUUUUCUCAAUUUUUUGCCCUUAAGGUAUAUAAUGAGUUUUUCUCAGGAUAUAUUGGCAUUAAUUUUAUUUGUCAUGAGAUGCAACGGCAUAGAAAUGGGAGUUUCAUUUGUUUCUCGAGUUUUGCUUGUCAAGAUCAAAUUCUGUCAGAUUUUAGGCCUUGUUAUUCUGGUGGAAGUAUCAAGAAUUAUUUAUCAAUUUACCCAGAUUUUGAAGCUUAAUUCCGAA